ACACACACUCACACACACACUCCCUCCUCAGAUAUCUGUUUCUCCUCUGCUGUCGCUCUGAUACACACACAUUCACACAACAGAGGGAGGUAGAUAACUCUGUGAUUCCACUGCUGAAUUUUUAACGCUGUUGUGGAACUUUUUUUUUUUUCCAGGCGGGUUACUGUAGCACCAGGGUACUGUUACACCGACACAGAGGCAGCGAGAGGCACAAGGCUCAGUUCAACUCUGCUGUUUACUGAGGCUGCACGGACACACGCUGUCCAUGGGGUGUACGGUCCGUCCCGUCCUGAUGUCUUUACCGUAGCAACAUGACCCUCAACACCCAGAGAGAGAAACAGCCCCUGCGACGGCGAUGCAGCACACCGAUUCCUCCCGGCCAUUUCUCCCAGCACCCGUCCUGGACUCGGCCCGACCCAGAGCAGCCCCGUCCCCAGCGCAGCCACCCUCCUCUGGGACAGUCAGCCUCCUAUCACCCUGGGGACAAAUCCCUCCACUAUCGCGCCCACUGGAGUUCAGACUCAGACGACGACUCGCAGAGCGACUCGGACUGCGUUUAUAGAGUUGUGCUGCUCGGGGACCACGGUGUCGGAAAGACAUGCCUGGCAGGAAUAUUUGCCGGGAUCACGGACAAAGACGACCAUGCUGGAGAGGAAACACAUGAGCGAACACUGACAGUAGACGGAGAGGAAACCACGCUCAUUGUCAUGGACACCUGGGAGAACGACAAACUGGAGGGGGAGGGCGGCUCCUCUCAGGACGACUGCCUGAAAGUGGGAAACGCCUACGUCAUCGUCUACUCCGUCACGGACCGCUCCACCUUCGACGCCGCCGCCGAGCUCCGCAUCACACUGCGACGCACCCGUCAGGCAGAAAACCUUCCCAUCAUCCUCGUGGGCAACAAGAGCGACCUGGUACGCUCCAGAGAAGUCACUAUAGAAGAGGGCCGAGCGUGUGCGGUGGUAUUUGACUGUAAGUUCAUAGAGACGUCGGCCUCUCUGCAGCACAACGUGACCGAGCUGUUUGAGGGCGUGGUCCGACAGAUCCGUCUCCGUCAGGACGCCGGUGAGGCCGGUCAGCGGCGCCGCUCCACCUUCAAACGCAAGGAGAGCCUUACCCAGAAGGCCCGGCGGUUCCUGGACAGACUGGUGGCCCGCAACAACCAGCGCAUGGCGGUGAAAGUGCGGUCCAAGAGCUGCCACGACCUGGCCGUCCUCUGAAGACACGUGUCCACUCGGAGUCUCUUGUUUUUUGACUUGUUGACGUUCUCUCCGGGGCUGAUAUCAUGGACGAUGGUGAUUAAAAACAAUCUAAUUGGACGAAUGGAGUCGUUGGAUCUUAACGUUCUCGCUGUGAUCAUUACAACCAACUCAUUUCCUUGACCUUUGACCUUUUGGUUUAAACAUUUCUGUGAUUUUCCUUCUAAGUGUAAAGAUGCUGAAGACAACCGUGCAGCAUCACCACUGUUAAAGAUCGUGUGUGUGUCUGUGUGUGUGUGUCUGUGUGUGUGUUUGUGUGAUGUCCUGUAGUGUCCCACUGUUCUGGUCUCCUGAAGUUUCUACUGUUUUCAGUUCAACACUGUGCAGAAUAAAUUCCUAGCGGUGCAGUCACAACAAAAUCAUGUUUUUACAUUUGUCUAAUGACCGACACUGUGAUGUAUUUAUGGAUUUCAUUUUCAUUUAUUUCAAUACUUAACUGUAUUACAAUUUAUCGGUUUGUAUGUUUUCAUCAUUUACAACCGACCAAUCACGAAUCCCCUCCGUGGAACAGCGAUUGUCCAAUCACAGCCACGAAACUGUGACUAGGAAGUUCACUCUCUGUUUCUCCACAUGCUGGAUUCGGGGUUCUGUGGGUUGAGGCCCGGCCUCGUUGGGGCAGCAGCUCCUAAGAUUUCCUAUUGGUGACUUUAGAAUUUCUAUCAUUUUAGUUUAGUUUGCUUCAUUUGAUUUGUGUUGUUUUUAUCAUUAGAUUUAAUGUUAAACAGCUCAUUAAAUCUUAUUUGUUUUGAUUGAGUUGUAAUGUAUUGGUAGGAGCCGCAGGGAAUCGAACCUCCGUGAUCCACCUCACAUAAACAUAAACACUCCCAGUUCCACACGUCCACCCGGGGCCUCCUGUUGUUUACUGCUGCUACGGUUUACACAGCGGUCGUCAAGGCAGCAUGGUGAUACCUCUGAGUGGGUGACGAGGACCAGGCUGAGUGCUUGAUGGAUGGGACAGUGUCUCACAGAGGAACUUUGCUGCCCUGGGUUUGGCCUCUCAGGCAAACGUGACGAGCUGCGAUAAUUAGUGUUAAAAUGCUUGUGACUGAACAAAAAGUACAUAAUAUCAGUUAUGGAUUAAAGUAAUGGAAAACUGUUGCUGUUGAACUGAAAA